AUGGUUAAGUGGAAAAGGGAAAGGGAUAAUAAAAUAGUUAAAGACUACAAGUAUGACUUUGUUGAUGUCAACGAGUUCGAAAAACAUGAUUGUCUUGCCAAAAUGCGAUAUUCAGUGGUCUUCUUUAUCGUUUUAAAAGCAGUACUGGUUUAUAUUGCCGAUUUAUAUUCUAUGACAGCAUUAUUACUUAACGAUAGUUGGGCUACAAUUAAACCAGCAGUUCCUUUUUCAAUUUCAAAAUGGAUUUUCGUCGGUUCAAUUCUCAUGUCUUUCCUAUUAUUGUUUCUGGAAAUGAGAAAAGCAUACGCCAUCGUAAAAUCAAGGGAUAUUUCUGUCUCCUUUACCAAUAAAAUUGCUUAUAGGUAUUAUACAUUAACCAGUUAUGCUCACUGGAGCUUUUUCCAGGAGAUACAGGACAGAGAAAAAUUCUUAGAUAAAAUUGCUUUCUAUGUUUUCUUUGAAUUUAAAGGCUACAAACGUCUUUUAUUAUGCGAUGGCCCUCGUCAGGUUAUAAACGCUAUCACUGUAUUCACCUUUUUACAACAAAAGAAAUUUUCUAUGAAUUUAUCAGUGUAUGGUUCGCUUACCUCAAAGGCUUCUAUAGCAAUUAUGUCAUUCACCGUGGCGGUGGUUGGUCAACUUCUUGAUAACCAAAGGAAAGAACGUAUUGCGGAUGCUAAUAAAAAAGGUCAAAAUAAAGGUCCGCAACCUACAAUUCCAGAAUUACACGAUGGUUAUCCUCCGCAAUAUAAUGAUCCUCCACCAAAAACUGCUUUCAAUCUCUCUGAAUAUCCUCCUGAUAAAGCAAAUUAUAAUGUUGCUGCUGCUGAGAAACAGGGUUAUUAUGUCCAAAGUCCGAACGUUAAUAGUAAUCCUGUUAGAGAUAGUUCAUCUGCGCCGUUAUUUCAUAAUUAUAAUUCAUCUCGUCAUGAAAGCAUUUCUUCCGCUGCUGGUCAGGUUUACAAUGAGCGUUCCACUAGUCCUGCCUUUAAUCCCAGACAAUAUUCUACUCCGACUCCUCCCCCUCAUAUGCGACAGGUAAAUCAACCACCAUACAUGCAGCAGUCGUCUCAACAACUUUAUCAAGCAAGAUCCCCUCGUUUACAUAAUGUGGCUGGUCCACAGAGUUCAAUGUCAUCUCCGAUAGUUAGACCACAACAAUCAACACCUGACCCUUAUUAUCAAGGUGUCUCGGCUCCAAUGCCAAAUGUAGUCUCGGCUCCAAUGCCAAAUGUAGCAUCAGCUCCAAUGCCAAAUAUAUCAUCGGCUCCAAUGCCAAAUGUAUCUAGUCAAUAUAAUUAUGACGAUUAUUAUAAUAAUCAAAUGUCUCAACGACCUACUGUGGCUUAUGGUCAAGCAUAUUAUUCUGGAGAGGAUAAUGAAAUAUCACAAAAUAACAUGUACAGUCCACAAGACCAGAUGAAUUACCGAAGAUAUGAUAAUUACGGUGAUGUAUAG